UCUCCUCCUCCACCCCGCGCUCUUUUCCCCAAAACCAACCACCGCCCCCGCCACCUCGCCGGAAAACAACAAAUCCGCCGUCGCCCGCUGCCACCGCACCACCUCGCGGGAACCCUACCUGAAGCAGAAUCCGGCCAACAUAUCGGCCUUUCUGCACUCCCAGUCCCUCCCCGCCACGCCCAAGCAUCCCCCGAGGAACCCGCGCUCGUCUUCUUGGUCGGUGGCUCGGUGGUAAUGGCCAAAAAGAAGAAGGCGGCCCGGAACCGGGGCAGGAAUGGUGCGGGAAUGGAGUCGGAGGCGGAGGGUUCAGCUGGGCGCGCCCCCCACUUCCACGGACACGGCGCCCCCUUUGACGUCCGCCGCGGCCAAGAAAACGGAGCCCACCCUGGGGGCGCCCGCGCCGGCCAAGAAGCUAUCCCGCCCCAUGGCACAGCACAGAAGAUUGUUGAGCCCCUACGCCGUGCAGCGGCUUUCCUGGGGAGGAAUGGCAGCGCCGGCGACGAUACGUCGGACGCCUCCAGCAGCGCCGGCAACGGCGGCGUGGAGGCUCUGGUGGGCGAACGCUCGCGGGAUCAGGUUGACAAGGAUGAGGAUCCUUACCAGAAUGAGAGGAGGUAUUAAGAGUUUUGUGAAGCUAGAAUGAAGCUUCCACUCGGAUAUGAAUUGUGCACUGUAUGUUUUUUUGAAGAGCCCUGGAGACAUGGAAAUGCAGUAGUACGUUUCGGGAAUAUAAGUUAAUCACUAAUGAAUUAAUAGGAGCUUAUUCCAUCU